AUGGAUUCUACAUGUCCAUCCAGCGAAGAUGAAGGUGAUCCACGCCUCCGAAAAUCCAUUGAUCUCCCUCGCCAUUGGAAUGACUCCCAGAACGAACCAGGACCGUCGGAUGGAAAUGGCGGCCCUGCGAGACCUGAACUAUCCCAGUUUGAACGCCAACGACUCAUGGCCGAAGGCCGUUGCUUCGUGUGUCGCAAGAGAGGCCACCGUUUCGGAGAUUGCAGGCAGAACGAGCAAGCGGCUCGACAUGCAGAUGUGCCGGCGAAAGAGCUCCGUGUAGCCCAGAACGAUCCUGAUUCCACCACCAGCGACGAAGUGGCGGAAUGCGAUGAUGAUACGACCGAGUCCGGAUCCGAAUCCAGCGGCGACGCCCUAGAGGCCGGUAUGCUGUUCCUUGGUGGCGUGUCGCUCACAAUUGACUCGCCUGAUUUCUACGAGCCCGCCGCGUGCGACUGCUGGACUCGACUUCGCAACACAACUGAGGGGGAGACUAAACUUCUUGUUCUGUAG